AUGGCUGCACAGUUUAUAAUUACGUGUGAAUACUGUGACAAACCGGCCGAGUGUUUCUGUAACCCAUGUCAAAGUAGACUGUGUACGAAUUGUGUAUCCAUCCACUUACAACAACGGUCAGAGGACGGACACGAAAUUGUGUUGAACACUAAGCGUAAAAAGAAGUUCACAUCACAAAAAUGCAGGACCCAUCCAGAGUUAGAAUGUCACAUGUUCUGUAAAACAUGUGAUUUACCAAUUUGUUCAAAGUGCGGCACAGGAAAGCACAAACCCCAUGAUCUUGCGGACUUCGAGGAGAAAAUUGAUAAACUUUCUCAGACAUUGGAACAAGAGCAGAGAGAAUUAGAAUUCACUAUUAAACCGGUCUACAUGAAAAUUAUCCAGCAAAUCAAGUUCCGAAUAUCUUCGGUUCGGAAACAUUAUAGAUCACUUUCUGAAAUUGUGGAACACAGUGGUGUAAAAUGGCAUCGAGUCGUUGACGACGUUAUCAUAGAUCUGAAAAAUGAACUUAUGCAGAUGGAAAUUGAUCAGUUGAAAUUACUUGAGAGAGAACAUGAGAUGUUUAAGGAAAUCCUGGAACAAAUAAAUAACACAAUAAAGUAUAAUUCUGAUUUAAGUGCCUCAAAAAAUCGAGCUAAACUAUUGCAAUAUACGUCAGAGAUGAAGAGCUUCAGCUCGAUACCCCCUCUUACUGAUUUCAUACAAUCAGAAUUUGUAGUUGAAUCACCCGCAAAGGAGAAACUGAGGACUCUUAUUGGAAGCUUAGAAAGUUUUAAAGCCCUUGAUUUUACUGGAUACAAAGUGCCUCUUGAAGCACCCCAGAAAAUAGCAAAAUGUAUUCUCAAACACCCAUUAUUGAUUUCACAGAUCGAAACAGAUUUUCCACCAGACGAUCAAGGAAACAAAAUCUACGACAUCGUUGCUGCAAGUCAUGGUCGCUUCUGGGCAGCAGGGUACAGCAGGACCAUGAAACAGUUCAGUUCAAGUGGUCAUUACAUUGACUCUUUUACUGUGUGCCACAAAAGCUCGUAUAUCGCUGCAUCCACACAGGGUUUACUUUUGUACAGUGACCAGUCAGAUAAUACAAUUAAAAUGAUAACCUCCGAAGGCAAUACUCAGACACUUGCCCAGUUUGGAGAUUGGGUCCCGAAAGGUCUGGCUAGUUCUGAGUUCAAGGAUGGUCAACGACUAUUUGUAUGUCUCCACAGCAAAGAAGACCAUAAGGUUGUACAGUACAACUCAAAAGGCAUCAUUGAGCAAGAGUUUCUCUAUCCGACUGAGCAUCAUCCACUUUAUAUUGCAGUGAACAAAAAUGGUGAUAUAGGAACAACAGAUCACCGACAAAACUCAGUGGCCGUCAUGGACAAAUUUGGUAAGCCCCGAUUUAUAUACAAGGGCAACAACGAAUCAAGCAAACACAAGUCCUUCCAACCAAUUUCGAUAGCAACAGACUAUUUCAGUAAUAUUCUUGUAACCGACUGGGCAAACCACGGGGUUCACAUUCUCAGUUGUGAUGGUGCCUUUCUUCGGUUUCUCUCUCCACAGCAGCGCAUAAAAGAGCCAAGGGGACUUUGCGUUGUAGGUGAAGGAUUACUAUGCAUGGGUGAAUGCGCCUCUGGGACCAUCAAAAUCUUCAAAUAUUUAAAAAUCUAAU